CAUCAGCGAACGGUCACACUCAAACCACAUUCGCUAUUUGUUUAUUUUACUGUUGGAAUUUUCAAAAUGCAUGCAUAAUGCAUAGUAAAGGUAUUGGAAAAUUCAGACCAUUCCGUCAGCGGCUGUCCAUUAGCCCCCAGAACCGAGCAAGUGCAUCGCUCAUAGCCGAUGAUCCGCAAUCCGGCCGUGUGCCCAUUCCGACUGACCAUUGAUUUGUUCGGUGACAAGCGGCAGCGGAGAAAAGAGUCCAUUAAGCAGAACUGGAGGAGCAACAACCAUGAGCGGCAGAGAAACCCAGAUGCAGUCCUUCCACACACGAUGUGGUCGCUCCAUCCGGCUGUACAACAACAACCGGAUGGCCCAGCGCUCCAUGCGGGACUUCAGUCAUGCACUGGUGUUCAGUGCAGAACCCCUCGAGGACGACGUUCUCUUCGAGGUGGUCAUCGAAAAGAAGAACACCUCCUGGGGCGGCAGCAUCGAGAUCGGAGUCACUGCUGAGUCGCCGGAUGACCUGGAACUGGUGGCCUGUGCCACUGCCAUGCGUAAUGGCACCUGGGUAAUGUCCGGCAUCGAUGUGCGCAAGGAUGGGCGACGCCUGUUCGAGUUCUACGGCACCGAUCUAGAAACGCUCAACGAGAACGAUCGGGUGGGCGUUAUGCGCACCUCCGGCAACGACCUGGUCUUCUAUGUGAAUGGGGAGUCGCAGGGCGUGGCGGCCAAGAAUAUGCCCAAGCCGCUGUGGGCCCUCGUCGAUCUUUACGGGCGUUGUGUACAGGUCUCACUGUGUCCCCGCGAUGGAAGCGGUUCCGGAGAGCUUUUGGAUUCACCACUGCAACAGCCUCUGCAACAGGUUGUCCAGAACCUGGACGUCGCCAUGAACGUGAACAUAGUAGUGGAUUCCGACGCAUGGAUGCAAGGCACUGGCACCAGCUCCGCUGCUGAUGACCGAUUGUGCUUCCACACCCGCUGUGGCUCGCUGGUCAAGCUUUCGCCCAACUUUCGGUCGGCCGAACGCCGACGGCCGCUGGACGAGUUCAACAACGGCGUGGUGAUGACCCACCGGCCACUGCGGGACAACGAACUGUUCGAGAUCCGCAUCGACAAGCUGGUGGACAAGUGGUCGGGGUCCAUUGAAGUGGGCGUCACCACGCACAACCCCACGGUGCUGCACUUUCCGGCCACCAUGACCAACAUGCGCUCGGGCACCAUCAUGAUGUCGGGCUGUGGCAUCCUGACCAACGGCAAGGGCACGCGCCGCCAGUACGGGGAGUUCAAUCUGGACGAGCUUCGCGAAGGAGAUCGCGUUGGCAUGAUGCGCAAGGCCAACGGCAACCUUCACAACUACAUUAACGGGCAGGACCAGGGAGUGGCCGCCACCCGAGUGGCCUCUACUUUGUGGGGCGUCAUUGAUCUCUACGGAAUGACUAUUAAGGUUACAAUCGUUGACCGCGACGAGCGUGAGCAGCAGAAUCUCGUCACCCGGCGGAACAAUAUUGUGGCUGGUAUGAAUGCCUGCUCCAGUGGAGCCGGUGUUCCGCAUCCUCAGCACCAGCACCACUCUGGCACGCCCACCCUCAGCCUUCUUAGUCCGGAGAGUGAGAUGAAUGUGGCCGGGGCUGCGGGCGGUCUGAGCGAGACCAUAUCCAGUACGCGAGCCAUCGCCAGGAACGAUGAUCGCUUGACCUUCCACCACAUCUGCGGCACCCACGCCACCGUCACCCAGAGUGGGCGGACAGCUCUGCGUCCCAAUGCUGCAGAUGAUUUCAACAACGGCGUGGUGCUUACAAGACGGCCCCUCCGUCCCAACGAACUCUUCCAGGUGCGACUUGAACGCGUGGUGACCAAAUGGGCGGGCUCCGUUGAAAUGGGUGUGACCACGCACAGCGCCGACGAGCUGGACUUUCCCUUCACCAUGACCAAUGUUCGUUCCGGCACUUGGAUGAUGACCGGAAAUGGGGUGAUGCAGAACGGAGUAACCGUAAUCGAGCAAUACGGCCAAAAUCUGGAUCGACUGCAGGUGGGCGAUAGAGUGGGCGUGGUGCGCAAGGAUGAUGGCACGGUGCACUUCUGGGUGAAUGGAGUGGACCAGGGUCCGGCUGCCAGCAAUGUGCCGGAGCGCGUCUACGGCGUAAUCGAUUUGUACGGCCAGGCGGCGCAGGCUAGCAUCGUGGACACGUCGGAGUGCGGAAGUCCGGACACCGGAAAUUCCACCAUCUCGAAUACCACACUGUACAGUGAGGUGCCGCUGCGCUUCCACAGCAUCCACGGCGCCAAUGCGGGCAUCUCGAACAGUGGCUUGACUGCGUCGCGUCCCAACUCCCUGGCAGAGUUUAAUGACGCCAUCGUCUUCAGCAAUCGGCCACUGAGGCAGCGGGAACUGUUCGAAGUGGAGCUGGAGACGAUGGUGCGACACUGGUCGGGCAACAUCGAGAUCGGGGUGACGGGCACGCGACCAGAGGACAUCCAACUGGCGCCAAAUGCCACCGAUCUGGAGGCCAGCGACACCAUCAUCCUGUGCGGACCCAUGAUUUUCCACAACCGCAAAACCAUACGCACCAAUAUUCUACUGGAUCUCGAUACCCUGGGACCAAGUACCCGGGUGGGUGUCAUGCGCAACGGUGACUUUAUCCAUUUCUUUGUGGAUGGAAUGGAUCAGGGGCCCGCUUGCGAGUGCCAUGCGCCCAACAUUUGGGCCAUCAUUGACCUGUACGGACAGUGCGCCCAGGUGAGUCUUACGCAGACACAGCUGGACAUCCGUGCUCCGUACGCCACCAGCGAGAAUUCGCAGAGCUGCCAGGCCACAUCGGUGAUCCAGCACCCGGCCAUGGAGACGAAACACCGCUGGACUUGCGUCUCGGGCAACGUAAGCCUCACCAAAGAUUGGACCGAGGCCUCCCGCUUUACGGGAGCUGCGGCACCACUUUCCCAUUGUCUGGUAUUUUCCGAGCAUCCCCUCAGCGUGGGCUCACCCUUCGAGAUCAAGCUGACAUCAAUUAAUCCCAUGUUUUCGGGCUGCUUAAGUAUUGGGGUCACGGAUCUGAAUCUGAGCGACGAGAGCGUGCGCAAGAAGCUGCCCACCAGUCUGCGGCGGAUUCCGGCCAACGUGUGGUACGUGAGCGGGAACGAGGUGUGCUUCAACUCCGGCUGCAUUCAGUGCUCGCUGGCCUCACUGGAGUGGCUGAGGGUGGACGAUAGGAUCACGCUGGAGCGGGUGGAGAACUCGCUCAACAUACUGCUGAACUCGGAGAACGUUAACAUCCAGUUCCAGAACGUGCCCAACGAUGUGUACGUGGUGGCGGAACUAAGAGGUUCCACAAUGGGUAUUCAGGUGAUAUCCGCCCAGGGCCCAGCCUCGCCCCUACGCCCAUGCAGUUUGCGGCUGCAGGACUCGAUGGACUUUGGCGUGGAUCCACUGAACAAGCAGGACAGUUCCAUGCUGGAAUCCAUUGAUUCCGAGGCGCAGAACUACGAGUUUUUGGAUGUUUCGCAGAAGAACGCACGGCUCAGUGAGGAUCGGCGGAGUGUGACCAGGAUUAAGUCGUACAACCAGGCCAUAGUGUGCCUGAACAAGCCACUGUGCAAGGGCGAGAGCAUCAGCAUCAAGGUGGACGCCCUCAACAACAAGUGGAAGGGCACUCUCGGUCUGGGCGUUCUGUCUGCAAGUCCACAGACCGCACCCAUUUCCCUGCUGGACUUCAAGCGGAGCUGCUGGCUAGCCACCCACGACUACGUGAACAUCAACGGCCAGGUGAUGGCCUCCAAAUACGGCGACGCCCUCGAGCAGAUCCAAGUGGGGACGGUCAUUACGCUAACCUUAACCCAUGCCGGAAUGCUGAUCAUCAUGGUUGGGUCAACCAAUCUGGAGGAUUUAGCCAGCGGUCUGCCCAACCAUGUGUAUCCAGUGUUCGAUGUGUACGGCAAGUGCGAGAAGAUAACCUUGAUUACGGGCAAUGACGCCGGCCGCACUGGGAACGCCAAUGGCACUCCAAUCCUCGAGGCGCCCGAGGCCCUGGAGCUGGACAAUGGAAUGCCGCAGCAGUGUGAGAAGGCGCACCUGGAGAUGCACGAGAAGGAGAAGGACACGGAACAGGGGUGCGACUCGGGCAGGGAUGGCCCGUCCACCUCCGGUGCUCCGUCGAAUGCCAUGACUCGUUCGGUUAUGGAGAGCGUUUCGGAGAACUUGCUGCUUAAUAUUUCUAUUAAGAAUCGAACUCUGGAGCAGCAGCGAAACGAACUAGGCGGAUCCUCGUCGACUUGUUGUCUUCGCGAGUCUCUCCAGCUGCAGCACAACACCAACCUGAAUAUUCAACGCAGCCAGAGCACCCAGAGGUUCCAGAACUCGCUGAAUACCUCGGCAACGGCAGCGGGUAGCAGUGGACCCAGUGGCUCCAUAGCCAAUGUCCAACACCUGAGCAACUCGGCUGUCUAUGACACGAACAAGGAGUACGAUGACCUGCCCAAUCCUCCAAUGGCUAAUGCCGCAGACGAUGCUCCGGGGGUCGCAGCCCUCGUAGCAGCGCCAUCGAUCGAUCACAGCGAAAACAAUGCGGAUGCGUUGGAGAUGAGCACCAGCAACGAACGUGAAGUGUCCGGCGAGCCAGCGGCCAACGACAAUGUCCUGGAGGACGAUGAGAUAGACUACAUGAACCACCUGUUGCUGCUGCAGCAACUGCAACAGAACGAGUACACGCGCCACCACCUCAUGCCCGAUCAGGCUUCGCUCCUCAAUCUCGACCUGCCCUCGCUCAAUUCCAUGGAAUCCGAUUCGAAUUCUGCCGGGCAUUCGCGUCCGGGAGGUGGCACCGACUCGCUGAGAUCGACAGCCACCGGGGCCAGUGUCGAGCAGAACGACUGCGAGUAUCUGCGCCAGGUGAGACGGUUCUGCGCCUCUCUCGUCCUGCCGCAGGCCUUCUUCGACAGCCGACUGGAGCCGGUGUGCUUCUGCCUGAAGUGCAGCGGACCCAGCAACGGCGGCAAUGGCGACAAACUGGAGGGAUGGGUAUAUUUCAAGCUCAACCAGCAGACGGUCAAUGUGCUGAGCACCUCGACGUCGACUGCAACGACGGGUGGUGGUGGUGGCGUCUCCUCGUCGACCGUUCCCCAAGUGCACUUCGAUCUCAACGGCGACUGGUUGCCGUUCUACUACAUGACCAGGGUGGACAAGAUCCGGGCCAUUUUGGAUCGUGGACAGCCGCUGCCGCUGGAAACAGACCCGGACGAAGAGCCGUCCGCUGCGGCGCUGAAGGAUGAGCCGGGCACCCGGCUGGAGCUGUACUACUCGCCCAAUGCCACCGUCAUUGAGCCCGUGCUGCCACAGCAUCACUUUGCCUCUGAGCAGGGGCUGCACCGCAUCUCCACCUCCUUCGAGGUCUACGUUCGGCGGCAGUCCAUCUCGGGAGUGACCACCGGGAAGGCAGCAGCGGAGGCCAAGAGGCGCAGCCUGGGAUCCGGCGAUCACGACCACGGUGGACCGGGACAGGGCGCCGAGGGCGUGGGUGGCACUCCCUCGGCCACUCUCAACGAGUCCUCUGUGCAUCUGCUGAACGAUCUCUGCUGGUUCACCAAGGAGGCUGGCGCCUGCAUCAUCAACGCAUUGAUAAUUAAAUUGGACAGGAUCGAGGAGGAUGAAUCUCACUGAGCGCACAACACCACCUAUACGCACUAGUCACGGAAGGUUUAUACACAUUACUCCUGUCCCAUAUUCCCCACAUUUUAAUCACGCUCAGCAGCUACCCACACCAAAUCGCAUUCGCAUUCCUCUUUGUAAACGAGUUUGUAUUUUAUUCUAAGCGCCAAUAAACUAAUCGCAAAGUUAA